AUGCCUGCUCUUGACGAACUUAGAUUUGAGGAAUUCGAUUCCAAGUACUUCCCCAAGUUGGAACAUAUUUCCGGUCCAUCUCCCUAUGCCCAUACACCUACCGAGGGACCUUCCUAUAUUCCUCCUGAAGACCGUCAAAAGCCCCUUACCUCAUCUGGAACUUACAAAAAGGAAUAUGGCAAAUUUGGCAAAGAUAUUUCUCCUCUUCUUGGUGUUGAAUAUACCGAAGAUGUCCAGAUUGCAGACUUUAUUGAUACCCUUUUGAAUGCUCAUUCAAGUGAAGAGCAACGUGAAAAGGCUGCUAAUCUCAUUCGCGACAUUGCAAUUGAGAUUUCACGCAAGGGCGUUGUAGUCUUCAGAAACCAGCAUAAGCUCACUGUUCAAAAGCAAAAAGAUUUCACCAACCAACUUGGUCUUCUUACUGGGAAGCCAAAGGAUAAUGGUCUUCAUAUUCACCCUCGUGCUCCCGCUGGCGGACUCAUUGGCGAGGAUGGUCUUAUUGACCCUGAAAUCUUUUACGUUUCUUCUACUUUGGACCGCCGCCAAGGAAAACUUAGACGUAUUACCACAUUCCCUUCAAUUGCAUGGCACUCUGAUAUUACCUUCGAGCCUGUUCCUGCCGACUAUUCUGCUCUUAAGAUUGUCCAGCAGCCUGAGGAAGGUUCUGGUGGUGAUACCUUGUUUGCUAAUGGUUAUGCUCUAUAUGAAAGAUUUUCCGAACCUUACCGCAAGUUUUUGGAGGGUCUUAAAGGCACUUAUGCUCAACCUGGCUUUGAAGAACUUGGUAAAGCCAACAACUUUUUGCUUUACAGCCAGCCCCGUGGUGCCCCUGAAAACAUUGGUGACAGACUUACUUCCACUCACCCUCUUGUACGCACCAACCCUGUUACUGGUUGGAAGAGUUUGUACGCAGUUGGUGUUCACUUUGCCCAGAUUAACGAUCUGACCCCUAUUGAGGCUGCUCGUGUAAAGGCCUUUAUUAAUGACACUCUUGUUAACUCUCACGAUUUACAGAUCAGAGUGUCAUGGAAUGGUGUCAACGAUAUCGCUUUUUUCGACAACAGAUCUGCUUACCAUACUGCUACUCUUGAUUACUUGGGAACUAGAAGAGGCAUUCGUACCAUCAGUAUUGGUGAGCGUCCUUACUUUGAUGAGAACAGUGGCCUUCAGAGCGAGGCUAUUUACGAUGAGCUUGCGGAAAAGAUUGGUAAUCUUUCUACCAAGAAUUAA